AUGCGAAUCCUUCAUGUGGCGAAUGUCGUCGCAAGGGUGCUGAACUUUUUGCCUGCACAGUCUGAGAAAACGGGAGAUAACAUCACAAUCUCGCUGGAAUGCUUGAGACAGCUCGAGGAACGGGUAAUAGAUGAUAUAUCCCAAAUACUAUCGAAAUAUGUCCUCGGUUACUAA